AUGAAGGGCGACAAUUCGUUGUUGUUCAACCAUCUCAGGUUGGUAACAUCAGAUCAGAUUAGGGGUAAUUUCGUGCGAUUGCCCACAAGUGUAAUUUCGGUGUUAGAGUCUACCAAUAUACCGGUCCAUGAAUUUGGAGUUUUAAUCCAGCCUGGCUCUUGUUAUGUUGGCUGGGAUGGACAUGAGUCAAGGCAAACAAUAAACGGGGAGCCAGUCAUUGAGAUUAACCCAGUUCUCGCACAGGACUUUCAGCUCAAGGUUGGUCAAAUCAUCGAUAUCCAAAUAAACCAUUACAAUGACUCUUUGGUUGCUUCCGAGGUAUUCGUGGAACCCGAGACAAGCGAUGAUUGGGAGAUUAUAGAAAGCAAUGCUAUGUUUUUCCAAGACGAGAUGUUAUUUCAAACAAGAAUUGUGAACCCUGGAGGCAAGCUGGUUUGUUACGUGGAUCGAAUUGUAGCCAGGUUCAAUGUCAAAAAAGUGGUACCUGAAAACCUCACUGCAGCAAGAAUUUCAACAAAUACUAUGAUGAUUAUUGCGCCUAGGGUUAAUAACAAGGCUCCAAAGGUUGUAAAGAAGCCUACCUCGUUGCUUGUAACGGAAAAAACGAAAGAGUGUAAACCGAUUAUUAGAAGAACUACAUUUAAACCUGCUGCAGGUAAAAAGCUCACGAUUGAGUUGUCAAAAUCGGAUGUUAAAUCUACAAUCGCAUAUAUAAGCAUUUUGCAGAAUCCUUUGGAUCUGCAGAUGGUGCCAGCAGCUACAAAGGAGGAAGGUAUUACUCAUCCCGCAAAACGAAUUGCUGUUGAUGUUAAAGCUGUUGAAUCCUUGGAAGUGGGUCAUAUUCGUAUGUCACUCCAAGUUUGGAAUUGUAUAAACGGAACAAGAAGCAAUGGUGAGAAAAUUAAGAUUGAGUUCUUGCAAGAGACGACCAGAGAUGACAUCUCAGUUGUGAUGCAUAAGGUGUCACAGGAGCAAAAGGGUAAAAAAGUAGUCAUCAGUGGUGUUGAUACCACCAAUACUGUAAUUUUGCAGAAUGCAGAAGCCCUGGCUAAGAAAUUGCAAGGUGCUGUGAUAACUAACAGGCUAUUUUUCCCUCGGGAAAUGCUUUUAAUUGAGUUGAAAACCAAGCAAGGAAAUAAGAUCGAUUUGUUUAGAGCCAACACACAAAAGGAUCUGGAUUGGAAACUAUCAAAGCACGAGGUUGAAGUUCCCAUAUUCGAAUUAAGUGCGCAACUUGAAGAACCUGGAAAACUUGUGGCCUUGGAAAAGAUGCUGGAUGAUAUGGUGAACUCUGUAUGUUCACCGGUUAGCCCACCAUGCCACUAUUUGUAUGGAUCCACCGGCAUAGGUAAGUCAUUACUGUUAGCGAACAUCGCUUACAGAUUGCAAUGUGAACACGGUUACCAUACAAAUCUUGUAGAUUGUAAUUCCCUAUUAGACACUAAUAACGUUGCAAAAAUGAAGCAAAAGAUCCAGCAUCUAUUGGCUACAGCAUAUUGGAAAGCCCCAUCUGUAGUCAUUUUGGAUAACGCCGAUUUUUUGUUCCCAAGUCUCAAGUCUAAUGAAGAAGCUGGUGGACCAGGUAGUGGAAAUACAAUGAACCAGGCAUCUGCAAAAUUAGCUCACAUCUUGAUGACUGAAAUGAUCAAAAUUACCCAAAAAAGAGGAGACAUCCAUGUCAUCAUGAGCGCAGAACGUUCUGACAGUUUGAACCCUUUAUUUUCCUCGAGACAUUUCAUCGGAAGGAACUGGGUACUCAAAGCUCCCAGCCGAAUCGAGAGAGAAAUGUUGUUGGAACACUUGUUUUCUUUGAAAAGUCUAAAAUAUGCAGAGCCAUUAAAUUCAGGAGAUAUUGCAUUAGAAACGGAAGGGUACUCCGCAGCAGAUCUGGAGACAUUGGUAGACAAAAUAUUCCACGAGACUUUAUGCAAAGGGAGCUUUCAACCUAGCGGUCUCGAAGUAGACAGGGAUACCUUUGAAUCAGCCCUUAAAGGAUAUACUUCCUCAUCAUUGAGAGGCAUCAAACUCCAAAAAAGUACGGGCGUUAAAUGGAGCGAUAUUGGAGCACUUUCCGACGCAAAAAACUUACUAUUAGAAACAUUAGAGUGGCCUACGAAAUAUGCCCCCAUCUUCUCUCAAUGCCCCCUAAGGUUACGUUCAGGAAUUCUGCUUUAUGGAUUCCCAGGAUGCGGCAAAACAAUGCUUGCAAGCGCUGUUGCACAGCAAUGUGGACUGAACUUUAUCACUGUCAAAGGACCCGAGAUUCUAAACAAGUAUAUAGGCGCUAGUGAACAAAGUGUGAGAGAACUCUUCGAAAAAGCACAGGCAGCGAAACCAUGUGUCUUAUUCUUUGACGAAUUCGAUUCUAUUGCUCCAAAAAGAGGUCAUGAUUCAACCGGGGUCACCGACAGAGUUGUCAAUCAAAUGUUAACUCAAAUGGAUGGUGCGGAAGGUCUAGACGGUGUUUAUGUUCUUGCUGCCACAAGCAGACCCGAUCUAAUUGAUUCUGCAUUAUUAAGACCAGGCAGACUGGAUAAGAGCGUUUUAUGUGGCAUGCCUACAACAGAUGAGCGUGCUGAAAUCCUAAAAGCUGUCGUCGCUACUGGAAGUAUGAAACUAGACUCUGAUAUAGACCUAAAAGAACUAGCUGCCAAAACUACAGGUUUUUCAGGAGCUGACUUGCAGAGUAUGUGUUACAACGCAUAUCUCAAAGCUGUCCACAGAAACCUUCAAACAACCUCCGUGCCCACCACCCACGCAGAUACCGUGCCGCUGCUACAAUCUCCUAUUGACUAUGUAAUGAUCAACGCAAUGAAAUCCCCAUCGUCACCUGUAAGCACGCUUCCACACCCUAACACCCCUACAGACCCCGCCAUUUCAAGAGCCCAGGACAUCCUCUGUCCGAAUACUGCUACUACCAGCGAGUCUACUCCUGUGCCCGACAAUGCCUUUCCAGGCCCGAGCACAUCCGAAACUGGCUUGACAGUCUCCUGCGCCGAUAUGCUUGCCGCAUGUGCAGAAACCAAACCCAGCAUCUCCUCGACCGAAUACCUCAAACUGAACACCAUCUACAGAAAGUUCGUCAACGACCGUAACGGAGACAUGCCAAGUGGAGAAGCCCCGCACGAUAUUGGUGCUCGAGCUACUCUCAUGUAG